AUGUCCACCAAAUAUAUCCUCGUCUCUCUCCCUCUCGGUAUCUUUGACUCCAGUGAUAAGGAGGAUGCCAUUGCCUCGCUGAGUACUACCAUCUCCUCCGAGAACGGCAAUGUUCGACCAUUCAACAUACCCGACUUCAAGAUCGGUACCUUGGAUGCCUUGGUACAGCAAGCCGACGAUUUGGCCAAGUUGGAAUCCACCUGUGAAGCUGUCGUUGCCAAGGUGGCCGACUCUCUCAAGUCAAUUCUCGACGGUGAUGAAGAUAAGAUUGCUCAGCAGAAGAUGGUCAACGACAAACCUACCGACCAGUAUGUCAGCUCCUUUUCGUGGAACAAGGUCCGUUACCGCGCCGACAAAAGCCUAGGCGAACUUGUCGAUACUUUGCAAAAGGAGCUCAUCACUACCGACAACGAUGUCAAGAGCAAGUUUAACCAAUAUAACUCAAUCAAGACAAACUUUACCACACUGCAGCGCAAGCAAACGGGCAAUCUAGCGACAAAAUCGCUUACCCCAAUUGUUGAUCCGACCCUCCUUAUUCAAGAUUCCGAAUAUCUCGAGACACAUCUAAUAGUGGUACCAAACAAUGCCAAGAAGGACUUUCUUAGAAGCUACGAAACACUGGCGCCGAUGGUAGUACCCCGAUCCGCGGUACAGGUCGCCCAAGACGAGGAGUUCACAUUGUUCGCUGUUACGACGUUCAAGAAACACGGUCUUGAAUUCUUGCAGAAAUGUCGCGAACAGAAGUGGACCCCGCGCCAAUACAAAUACGUUGAGGGUGGCAGAGAGGAAGAGCAGCGUGAGCUCGAUCGAGUGGCACGUGAAGAAAAGAAAACCUGGGGAGAGGCUCUCAGAAUUGGACGUACAGGCUGGAGUGAAAGUGUCAUGAUUUGGCUUCACGUCCUCGCCCUCCGCGUCUUUGUUGAGGCUGUCCUUCGCUAUGGAUUGCCUCUGGACUAUGUCAGUGUGCUUGUAAAGACGAACUCCAAGCUGGCUAAAAAGGUCAAGACGGCUCUUGACUCCAACUACUCAUAUUUAGGAGGCAAUGCCUUUGGAAGGGACAAGCGCGGGAAAAUAACCAAAGAUGACGCGGCUUUGUCGUCCGAGCUGGCAGCAGCUGGAUUAGGUGGAGUUGAAGGGCACGAGUACACGGCGUAUGUGUAUUACGAGUUCGAUUUUCCUUAG